GAUACUUCCACCCCUGGUCACCUACACCAAAAGGUUCUCUCAAUGUCUGAAAAUUAUAGAGAUAUUGAGGCAAGCAUCAGAGAUACUUGUGAGAGGUUAUUCAAAGCUAAUAGGCCAAAUGUUGCAGCCAUGUUAUAGGAGUUUCAGGUGCUGGAAGCUCCCCUCAGAGUAAGGUAUCAUAGAUGUCAAUCAAAAUCAGAACAACCAGUGAGCAAUAAACAACUCUCCAAUACUGAGGAGUUAUCAGUUUGCCUCUAUCUUGAAUAAUUGAAUAGAAUUAGCACCUCUACAUGUAUGGCAAUGGUUACAAAUUAUGCAAAUUCAAUACUUCAGUGCAGGCUUAAGUAAAGACACCAAUAGUCCCCCUCUAACUGUAGGACCUAUGUAGACUGUGAGGUUUCUUACAUGAUACCCUGAAUUUCAUAUUCAG